AUGAAUGUGCCACCGGAAUUCGGUACCUCAAUUAGACAAAACUCCCCGAAGCACGACUACCACCAGCACGAAUCGAGCAGUCAUGCUACGGAUUAUUCGCACUUUCCGGGAGUCCCGGGUACCGGUGGACAGUCGCAACAGCAACAGCAACAACAGGACUUGACCAUCGAUGGCAUUCCGAACAGCUUUCCCCAUCGCCGGUCGCGGGCUUCGCGUACGUUCAAAAAUCCACCCCAGCCGCACAUGUGCAUCAAGGAGAAGACGCUGGACGGGAAGGAAGUGUUCAUCAACGUGCUCAGCUGGACGCGGAUCGCCAAUCCGGACAACCCGGACGCUCCGAUCCCGUUGUACGGCGGCAUGAAAGUGGGCAAGAUUCCUCCUGGCAGUCCCAAGGUGCCACCUCUAGUCUAUGCUGUGAUGGCCAGUCCCGAAGUGCUGAAAAAGGCUGGGCGAAAGUGUCCCGACACACCGGAACGCAUGAAUCUGGUCGAUCUGAUGUGCGAGUUUGUGGAAGCGAUGAAUCCUUCGCUACAUCUUUCAAGGAAACCCGAAAUCCUCAAGGAUCGUGAUUUGUCGGGCGAACUGAAGGACGUGUGGAGUGCUGUACAGGCGUGCCGUGAUAAGUGUCGCUCUGACAACGGUCCACCGGAAAAUCUCGUUGUCUACACGGAAUUUGGUCCUGACAGUGCGCCCAGUUACGAUCACACCAUGCAGCAGCAACAACAGCAGCAACAGCAACAACACUUCCCACAAUACCAGCCUAACGAUUACCUCCUGAACGAACAACAGCAACAGAACCGCUUCCCAUCAUCAUCAUCAUCAUCAACCGCGCAGCAGCAGCCUAACAGCAAUAUCGCCAACCAUCAGUCACCGCUACUUUUGCAGCAUUCACAACAAAGUGCAAUUAACAACUCCAACCCCUCUGUGACCAGUAUUGAACCGAACUCAGCGAUAUCUUUCUCCAACCUGGAUAACGUCGAUGGCGGCGCGAGCAGUCUUACAACCAGCAGACCUCCGGCGGCCAUUGGUGCCCCCGUUUUGUUUCCCAGUCUCAGUAGAGACGAGGAUUUGGCGAGGGAAACCGAAGGACUGACCAUUGCAUCUUCUGGAGCUAAAACUAACGGACUAUCACUGCCCUCGGAAGCGACCGUAGGCUGCGCUUCCGCACCGAUCUCUUCCGCAACAGUGCCACAGACACUCACGUCACCAACGGCAGCCCCGAUGCCAGUAACACCAGCCAAGGAACCGAAGAGCUCUUCCGGCCACACCUUCUUUCCGAUGUUUCGCUCCUCGAAAAGCAGUAGCAGCACCAGCAGUACCAAUGGGGGUAACAGCGUUGUCAAUACUAACACCAAUAGUGCUGCAACUGGUGGCGGAGGACACGGUGCCUCCAACAGCUCAACCAACAGCCCUUCGGAGAAAGGAACAGCACCAGUAACGGUGAAUGGAGGAGGUGUCGGUGAGUCUGGUGCUAGUUCGCCUGCAAUCGAGGUCGCCGAAACGACAAAGCCGGGAGCAGCGGUGAUAGUGGCACCUCCCAAGCCGAGCAGUAAAAAGAGUGGAUUGAACUUUUUCCGACGCAACAAGUCCGGCGACAAGAAGGAACCGUCGACACCGACCAAGCAACCAACGCCCACCUCGAGCGUUACCGUUCUUCCAGCGGCCAUCGCGCCAGCAAAGGCAGCAACACCAGCUGCAACAGGAGCACCGUCCGCCCCGGACACAAAGCUGCUUUUGGGCGACGAGAGCGCCCUUGGUAUGGGCCAACGAGGGAGCGGCGGGAGCCAUCAUUCUCAACACCACCAGUACCACCUGGAAGCCGGCAGCAAUGGCGGUGAGAUAGUCGAAAGCUCGGCCACGAUUGUAGCCAAGUAG